CCUGGUAAUGUGCAGAGGCAUGAGAAAGGUACAAGAUGGUGGAUAAAUCUCACUUUAUUACAGGUAAGAAAACUUGCAGUGUCUGUGAAGUGGGGGGUGGAGAUGAUGGUGUCCCUCCACUUUAAAUGAGCCAAAGUGCCAUCAAUCUCUUUCACGACCUCCUCAAAGUCUGUCCGUGAACGACGCACCUCCUUCCUCACCAAAUAUCCACGAACAUACGCCUGCUUAGAGAAGAUUUGCAACAACUAUUAGCUAUUACAACUUUCCUAUUAGCAUAACUAGCCCAGCGCUAACAAUAAGUUAGCAACUUUCCAUAUGGAUGAAGUAACCCAAAGUAGCGCCACAAACAUAAAGAGUCUAUUUACUGCUUGGCAGUAAGCAGGCAGAUAAAUUACAGAAAAGGGUUAUUACCUGAAAAAGGCAGAGUGUCUUCUCCAAGUUACGCCUGUCCAUCGCUAUGGUAACGUGACUGCAGGACCACUUGUCAGAGAGCGGGACGUUUUUGUAUGCUUCCUAUGUUGGGAUAAAAAAAAUAAAAGCUUGUCGUUAUAAUUGUAAUUUAAUGAAGAUACAAUUUCGGUGUAAUGUUUGAUUUAUUGUUAUUAUUUUUGCUUGUGUGUUAGUUAUAAACUGAAACACUUCACAAAUGACGCAAACAAGCGCUCUGGUGGGUAGGUAAGGGUUUUAUUUUGAAAAGACAAACGGAAGUACUGGACUGGGGUGGAGAAUGUAAUGGGCUCAAAGCAGCGCAGGGGGCGGUAAUGUACCACGAAGGAUGCUAACCGCCGUUCAAACACAAGAAGAAGAAAAUCGACGCGAUGCUAUGUUUAUAUCUUCUGUUAGCUCGUCAUCGCAUGGCAAUGUUUUUCAAAGUUUGUUUUUACCUAAAACUCAAACAAAAUGAGCACUUCGUCUAAUCAGAGGACUUUAUUUCAGACGUGGGGUAAGUCCGUUCCUCAAAACAAAGUUGCCCCACCGAGAAAAGAAGGAAAGAAGGCUGCUGGACAGCGCAGAACAACCCCAAGCAUCACUGUAAAGAAAACUACAACAAACCCGCUGUGGACUGAGAUAGGUAAUUGCUCUUCAAGCACAGUAGAAGCUCCUGAAGCUGCUCACGAAGAUGAUGACGACCUUAUGUUGGUGGCUGUCACUGAAGCAGAACAGAGCCUCCAACUUGAUAAUGCCAACUUAUUCCAAAAUGCGUGGCCCAUAUCUCCUAUGUCAUCAUCCGAGAAGACAUGCUAUCCAGACUUUCCUGGCUUUGACGGCUCUUCUGCUGCAGUGUGGAUCUAUCCCACGAACUACCCCAUCAGGGAGUACCAGCUGAAGAUAUCAGAGGCCGCCUUGUUUCAAAACACACUGGUGUGCCUUCCAACUGGCUUGGGAAAGACAUUUAUCGCCUCUGUUGUUAUGUACAACUUUUACCGCUGGUACCCAUCCGGGAAGAUCGUGUUCAUGGCGCCCACGAAACCUCUAGUGUCGCAGCAGAUUGAGGCCUGCUACAAAGUGAUGGGCAUCCCUCAGGCGCACAUGGCAGAGCUGACCGGCAGUACAGCAGCCAACAAGAGACAGGAAGUGUGGCGGUCCAAACGUGUGUUCUUCCUCACGCCUCAGGUGAUGAUGAAUGACCUGUCCAGAGACACCUGCCCGGCCCGGCAGGUCAAAUGCGUGGUGAUCGAUGAGGCCCACAAGGCUCUGGGCAACCAUGCCUACUGUCAGGUGAUCCGACAGCUCAGCAGCCAGACUCUGCAGUUCCGCAUCCUCGCCCUCAGCGCCACACCAGGAGGAGAUACAAAGUCAGUUCAGUCUGUCAUCUCCAACCUGCUCAUCUCCCACAUUGAGCUGCGAUCAGAAGAGAGUCCAGACAUCCAGGCCCACUCCCACCAGCGCAGUGUGGAGAAAAUGGUAGUCCCACUCGGGGAAGCGCUAGCUGCCCACCAGGCUCGCUACCUGCAGGUGCUGGAGAAGUUCAUGUCUCGUCUGGUCUCCAACCGAGCUAUGGGACACAAGGAUUUGAAGAGUCUCACCAAAUACCAGCUCAUCCUUGCCAGGGAUCAGUUCCGGAAAAACCCUCCACCCAACAUCAAGGGUCCACAGCAGGGGAUGCUGGAGGGAGACUUUGCACUUUGCAUUAGCCUGUAUCAUGGCUAUGAGCUACUCAUGCAGAUGGGACUCAGGUCACUCUUUUUUUACAUCCAGGGAAUCAUGGAUGGAUCCAGAGAAAUGUCUCGGACCAAGAAUGAGUUGCAGAGGACUCCUGUCUUCAUGGACCUUUACAGUGAGAUGGAGGCAAAGUUUGUGAAGCUACCUGGCCCAGAUGAACCGUUCAUUUAUGGUCACCCCAAACUGGAGAAACUGGAGGAGGUGGUACUGCAACACUUUAGAAUGUUGGGCGAGACCACGUCAGACAGUAAUGGUUCACCUGCACAGCAAGUAAGCACGCGGGUGAUGAUCUUUUCAUCAUUCCGUGACAGCGUCCAGGAGAUUGCUGCCAUGUUGAACCGCCACGCUCCCCUGAUCAGGGUCAUGACCUUUAUGGGGCAAGCGUCAGCAGGGAAAGGAGUCAAAGGUUUUACUCAAAAGGAGCAGCUUGAGGUGGUGAACAGGUUCCGUCAGGGAGGCUUCAACACACUGGUGUCGACCUGCGUUGGCGAAGAGGGGCUGGACAUCGGUGAGGUUGACCUCAUAGUCUGCUUUGACGCACAGAAGAAUCCCAUCCGACUCGUGCAGCGAAUGGGCCGCACCGGACGCAAAAGGCAAGGGCGCAUUGUCGUCAUCCUGGCCGAGGGGCGUGAGGAGAGGACAUAUAACCAGAGCCAGAGCAACAAACGCAGCGUGUUAAAGUCCAUCGUGGGCAACAAAAGUGGCUUCCACAUGUAUCCCAACAGUCCCCGCAUGCUACCUGACGGUGUAAACCCGACCCUGCAUAAAAUGCACAUCACCUGUGGCCAGUUUGACCACCGGGAAAGCAGAAGGCGCUCUGUGAGGGGUCGACGCUCGCACAUCGAGGGACGGGCCUCACUCAUCCACCCAUACAACCUGAAUUGUGAAGAAGGCGCAGCGUCAGGGGCCUUUCUGAGCAGCACAGAGUAUUCCCUGUGGGCGUCCAGCAUGAGGCUAGCGGAAGAUGAAGCGCAGCCAACCUUGAGACAGUCUCACUUUGUGUCCUUACCAUGUGAUGGACCAGCUCAGGAGGAUGUAUCCAGAAGCGGAGUGCCCGUCAGAGAACUCUCUCUUUGGGAAUGGAGACACUGGCAACACAGGGUGCUUCCAACCCAUGUUAUUGAUCACUCCCUGCGCUGCCAACAUUUCAUUAAGGUUAUGGAGCUCAUAGACGGCAUGCGGGAGGAAAACGAGGAGGACUGUGCUUACGAGAAGGAGCUACUUCCUUAUCUCAGUGAGGCUGGCGAUGGAGGCCAUUUAAAGAGGAUAAAGAAACGUGCAAACAUCUUCACGGAAACUGUCGACGAAUCAGUGUCCUGUGUGGAACGCUGCAACGAAGAAGGGUUAACUUCCUUAUCGGAUAAAUUGAAGCCUCAUGAUCACUCAGUUGCUUGUUCACCUCAGACGAUCAUUAAUGAGCCCAUCAUUGAGAAUCUUGCAGUGAAUUCAAACAAUAUUCCCCCUGUGAUUGAUCAGGAGCCUGAAGAAGACGUUGAAUUUCAGGCUAUGUUCUACCUUCCUAAAUGGGAUUUGCCUUCUAAGUAUCCCGUCAUCCCGGGAAGAGGCGAGAGUCUUCAAGUCAUCCUGGCCAAUGUGGCUGAGCUCCUAUCCCGAUCACCACCGCCUCUUGCAGAUUUUGACGCCAUCAUGGCCGAUUGGACAGCACCUUUUCUUCCUGAUCCUAAUCAGCCAUUCCAUGUCAGCUUUACCUUGGAUGUGGAUGAUGAUGAUGAUGAUGAUGAUGAUAGUGAUUGUGAGGCGGAUGUGUCUCAGGCAGAUAAGGACCAGCCUUAUCAGGAGCCUGUCAACAGAGACAGUCCAACUUGGGAUGAGGUCUUUGAGGACGAAGUGACAAAUGAGAAUGAGGGCAUCAUGCAUGGGCAGAAAGACCGCACAGAGCAUGUUGGAGAAGCCCCAAUCCAUGAGGACAGUGUUGAAAAAGACGAACCAAGCUGUUGGGAUGAUGUAAUGGAGAAGGAUUUGACCGAUGCUUGUGUGAAAGCCAAGCAGGACUCUGCGUUCUGUGCCCAGAUGGAUGACAGCAUGGACCUGUUUGGGGACGACGAAGCCUUCCUCCAGAUGACCAUCCCGGACAUCUCUACCCCUGAAGGUGGCGCCACACCCAGGACUUCCCCGAGUGUGGAGGACAUUGCCAAUAGCACGAAAAAGAUGCUAACCCACUUAGAGACAUGUGAUGCACGGGUAGAGCAACGACCUCUUACUACAACAGACAGUUCAACAACAAACCCACGUAGGAGUGUCGAGUCCUUUGACAGCUUGGACUUUGCCGUCAAUUUCGACCUCGGCUAUUCCCUGGAGGACUCAGAGGAAGAGGACGAUACUGUUGUCACCCCAUUAAACACCACCCUCCAGCAGCCUCAGAAGCAGGAAGCCGCUAACUCAUCCACACCUUGCAGCGGCUUCCACAGGCCCGCUGUAGCUUCAUGCUCCACCUACUUCCCCACACUUCAGAUGCUCUCGGGGCAAAGGGAGAGAGAUAAGUCGAUGCUUCUCAUGUCACCAAUGACAUCCAAGACGGGCACAUCACUAUCUCCGAUGGCAUUACCGGGUUCUGCGCUUGGCGGGCCUCGCGCUUUUCGCCUAUCACUCAGUAGUCUGAAACGGACCCGAUCAGGAGAUGGUGCAAAGGGGUCACAGAGGGUAACAGUGUCCCAUUCUGACCUUCAUCCAGCCGAGUGCAACACUGACAGCGAUGAUGAAGCCAUCAUUCAGAAGAGAAAACAUAUGAACAAGGUCAACCCUUUGUCGUCUCCCGAGGCGUCCAAAGUCCUUUCUGAUGUGAACUCGCCGCCUGUAUGCAGGAAACGUGCGACUGCGCUAAACACGUCGGAAGAAACGGAAGGCGACAGCGAUGAUUUCCAGACCGAACGAGUGGUCACACAUAGACGAGUUAUCGACACCAAGCGCAACAAAUGUCAAAAGGUACGUCAGUUUCUGGACGAGGAAGCGGCACUGUCAGACGAGGAGGAGGGAGUGGACGUUUCGUCUGAUGAAGAGGACGGGGAAGAUCAGAAUCAGUCUCUUGAUGGCUUUGUGGUGGACAACACACACCUCUCCCAGGGAUUGAAUGACUCAGAGAUGCACGGAAUAUACUUGAAGUCUGUGAGAAGCCCUGCUGUCACUGGCAGGCUCAAAAUGUCCUACAGAAAGCAUGACAACACGGACAUCUUCUCACAGGUGCCCGAGUUGGACGAAACAUACGCAGAAGACAGUUUUGUGGUCGGCAGCGAGGCGGAGGAGAGUUCAGAGGAACAGGCCGAAGAGGAAGUGGUUGAACUCAUGCCGGAGGACUCGUACGUUGACGGGAGGAGGCAGUACGCCACGCGACGACGCGUCUUCUUGCACAAAGCCCGGGCGACAAGUUCAGCUCCAGCGAGAGGCGGCAAGCGUGGUAGAGUUCUCCGCUUGGCUGAUUCCAGUGAGGAGGAAGGGGAGGAUGUUUCUGCCCCUCCGCAGACCGUCGUCAAGCUUCAACCGGAACAGAAGUCGUCUUCCUCCAUUGCAUCAAAGGUGUCGCUGCUCAGAGGAGAAGAGCGAGAUGAGAGGUGUCGCCAGAGGAUAGAAAAUCAACACCUGCUGUCUGACCAACUGGACUUUGACGCUUCAUCAGAGUCACAUGUACAAGUAGAAUCCAGCAAACUUCAGGAGACUCCAUCCACCACCUCAGACGUAGCGGCCUCGUCCGUCUCCGAGUGUCCGGUCUGCAUCCUAGUGGACAGUCGCUGCAUCAGCGGCGGCGUGGAGCUGGUGACCAGCCUGCGGCGGGGCCACGGCGCCACUGUCCGCGUGUGCUCGCUGGACGGCAGUUACUUCAUCGUGAGCGGCCGCAUGGCAGUGGAGAGGCACAGCCAGUCGGACUUGGCCUCCACGCACAACCGCAAGCGAUUGGCAGAGAGGGUGAACGGCAUGCAGGAGUUGUUUGAGCGAGUGUGUUUGAUUGUGGAGAAGGACAGAACAAGGCCAGGCGAUACAUCCCGCCCCUUCCAGCGCACGCGUCACUACGACAGCACGCUGGCGGCGCUGGUGCGCACCGGUGUGCGCUUGCUGUGGAGCGACGGCGCCGAACAGAGCGCCGCCCUGCUGGUCGAGCUGGCACAGCUGGAGCGGCGCAAAGGCCAGGGCAUCGUUGCACCACCCGCGGACAUUAAAGGUCAGCACAGCCAGCAGGCGCUGCAGCUGUACUUGAGCUUGCCCGCUGUCAACUACGUCCACGCGCUCAACAUGAGCCGCAACUUCAGCUCGGUCGCACAACUCAUCAACAGCUCAGUGGAAAGCAUCGAGAAAGGAGGCGGCAUGAGUCGAGCCAGAGCUGAGGAGAUCUACCGUUUCCUGCGCUACGACUGCGACUCCUUUCUCGUGGACAAAGUAGGAAAAGCCUGCUAGCGGUAGGAGUCAGAUACACGCACGCACACACACACCCACACACACACUCUCAGGGAAUCAUUUGUGGGUUUUUUUCUUUAUUUUGCUACUGCUGCUGCAGUUGUACUCACGGACUGGAUCAGUUUUUGCACUUUGAGCUUCAUUAGGUGAUAGGCUCAAAAUAUUUGCACAACAAAUUGGAUAGGACCAGUUUGCUUCUUGUAACAUUCUGCUCUAAGGAGUCCAAUUUGUUUAAUGGAGAUUUUUUUUAAUGAAUUAGUCUGGGACCAACUCAGCAUGUGGUGCCCAAAUAUAUAAAUAUUUGUCAAAAUAAAAACAUUUGUCAGAAUAAUGUCAACAUGUUUAAAGGAAAACUGCAUUUAAAAAAAAAAAAAAAUUGCCCAUCAUCCGCAAGCCUUAUAUGAGACAUGAACACACGUCUUCCUCUUUUCUGUGUUCUCUAAAGAUAUCAAAACAGAUAAAAGUGGCCGUUAAUUAAUUCACAUAAUGGAACAUACCUAUUCUGCCUAGAAACCCGCUAUUAAAACACCUCCAAAAACGUCCAUCAAGGUUUUAUGGUUUCAUAUACAUGCUAUGACCAUGUAGUAACAGGUACAUUCAUGAAAACAAACAGUAUUUUGGUCCUUUUAAGCAUUCCCAGAACGUACUUCCUGCGCGUAUUGAUUUCACAUAGCAACAUACUGUAGAAACGAACGCCACACCUCGGCGUUAACUUUUCCAAACUCAAAAACAAAACCACAGCAACAGUGGCCGCAGCCCCAAUAUGUAGCGUUACUUUUCGGUAAUGGCCUGAGGCAUUGUUACCGCGGCGAUGGUGCAUUGCAGGCGAGUGUGUGGUGAAGCUAGUCGUGAAUGGGCUAGUGGCUAGCUGGUGUGGUGUGGCUAGGUGUCACUACACCUGUAACGUAAUUCUUCGGCGUAACAAUAUUAAUAAUAACAAUGUUGCUGUAGCUUGGUUAAUAUGUGGGUAACAUUAUAUAAAUGCAGCGUUGUUGGCAGUUUUUGAAGGUUUUUUCGGAAGGCUGUAGAGGCGGAAUAGGUGCAUCCCAUUAUGUGUGUUCUUAGAUGCCUCUUUUUAGCCGUUUUUGUAUCUUUAGAAACACACAGAAAAGAGAAAGACGUGUUCAUGUCUCACAUGAGCGAAAAAGUGCAGUUUUCCUUUACAGCUCCAAGUAUGUACUGUACAUGACAAUGUUAAAUCCCCUUAAUAAAGUGUUAUUUUUGCAAGCAACCGCUAGGGGUCAGUGUUGGUCUAGUGCAAAUGUAUGUUAUACUUGUGUUUUAUAUUUACAAUUAUGGAUUUUGUCUAUUUUCUAUCAUUUAGUUCUUUGAAAAAAAAAAUCCCGCUAUUAGUAGUAUAGUUUUCAUGAAAAAUAUUAUCAAAUCAUUGAAUCAUUGUAAAUAAAAUCAGAAAAAAUGCAAAAUACAGUGAAAAUGAUCAAAAUCGUUAUACGGUAGUGAUAUAUAAAUUACAACAUAAAUUAUCUAAUAAAACUGACUUUAGACUUUAGAACAAUUAACAAUUAUAGUGUUGCACAUUAUUAUUAAAGAUAAAAUAAAAUCAAAAUUUUAAAAAAGGUACGACUUACUACAAUACUGUAAUAAUAAGUCCAACAAUCAAAACUAAUAAUGAAAUUACAUGAAAAAAGUCAUAAUAGCUAAGAAUUAUUGGAGAAAUACGAAUUUUAAAAUAAAACAAAAAUAAAUGACACAUUUAAGACUCGAGUAUUACAUAAAUAUCAAAAUAAAACUAGUUACAUACAAGUAUCAUAGCAAUCAUAGUAUGAAAAUGAUUUAAAAAAAUACAACAUUUAAAAAAUAUUAAUUACAGAUUUAGUAGUAAUCAAGUUUUUAUUUCACCAUUCAUUCUCUUGGCGAUGGAACGGUUUUGGUGCAAAACAAUGCACUUACAGAACACAGAAAGUGAUACAUUCAGAAAGUAGAUCCUUUAUACAAACAUCAAAGAUCAGCAUGUGUCACAUUUACAUAAAACAGAACUGGACAUAAGACAUAGAACUGCAAAUGUUCUCAAUAGAUUUUGCAUCAGCUAGACCUGCAGUCACAGUGCCACCAAUUGGCAAGGAGAGGUCACUGCAGCAAAUCGUUCCCAUACUGGAAAGCAGAUGACAAGUUAUUUUUCAUAAGGACGUUGAUAUGGUUGAAGACAAUGGCAGAUGUAACAUUUAAACACCUUGUCUUUCUUUUAAGGGAAACUAAUUUAAUUUCAUGUAGAAAAUAAACAUAUUUGCUUUAACAUGAUUACUGGUUGCUUUUAUUAUAUUUAUUUAGAGUAGUAAAAAUAUAAUCACUUUAAAACAGCAGCUUCAAGUGUCAAAAAAAAAAGCAGCAGCCGUUACUUUGUGCUUCGGGAGGGCGCACUUAGGUUUGUACGCAAACAGCAAACAGCAAGGAACAGCACCUCCUGGUUUGGGGAAAUGUGCUUAACAACACCAUGAGUUGUGCUUUGACAUUGUAACAGAGUUUUGGCUCUAAAGGGACAGAGUAAAUAAAAUAUUGUGAUUGCCAAUAAAGAAUUUAAUAAAUAAUGUGCUUCAUAAAACAAAAACACACUCAUUAGAUUUUCUGCAUUGACCACCAGCAUUUUGUUUAUAAUUACACUGCAGUGGGAAGGUCAUUGUCCAGCACAGUAACACCAUUACUAAAAUUAACAGAUAACUGAAAAGAUGACACCUUGAAUCAUUCCGAUCCUAUGACAAACACAACAACACAUGUAAUAUUUACAACCAUGUACAUUAAAGGCUUUGUAACCAUUACGAUAAAAAUGCUCAGGUGCUGUUUGACGCCACAUAGAAUAUCUGAUUGAAGGCAAUUUAUAUUCAUGUUCAAUUCCACACAUUAAGACACAUUUUUGGACUGUUACUCUCCAUUAUAGUAACUCCUGUUAUCGCAGGGUUCAUUGAUGACAAAAAUGAAGUAUACAGAACACACUGUAUGUCCAAGUGCAGCUUUUAUGGUAAUAUAUCAUUAUUAAAUAUUACGCCUUCGUGUCGAAGUGGACGUUAGUGAACAGGUCAUAGUGGACAGCUUUAGAU